CGGGAAGAAAUGAGAUGUUUGUUUUUUGUCGAAGAAGAAAGUGCGGUAGAGGAGAUCUUUUGCCGCGAGUUUGCCGACUGCGUCCCAACACGCGACGAUGAUCCUUGUGUCUAUAUCUAUCUAUGUGAUGGAAAGAGAAGCGAUAUUCGUGUAUUCGUAAAGAGGUUCUCGUUGUGCGUCCAUUGGCGUUGGGAUUCUCGGUAGAAUUAUCUUGGCUUCAAGAGACGGAUCACGGUUGAUCCGUUAAAGAUUACGAUGAGGAGUUUGUUAAACUUGACAUAAAUGCUCGCAUUUUCUUCUAUAGAUUUUAAUAUUACAAAGUCAUACAAAAUUAAUUUUCAUUUUUUUGAAAACGAUACCCCUUUGGAGAUCGAUCUCGAAACCUCGAAAGGAAUAAGGUUACGUUAUUAGAAUAAUUGUUUUAUGCUUAUAAAUUAAACCAUUCGCGCGAGGGGAGACAAAUUUUGUCGUUAAUGGAUUUAACUAUCGAUCUCGGUCUUGAGAUCGAGAUGAGCGUGACUAGCAUAACCAAGUUCGAAAGGCCUGCGUAGCAGUACCGGUGUCGAUGAUCGACGAAUUCCUGCCAAAACGAAGAGAUUCAUCGUGUUGCCGAAUUGUUACGUUGCGUGAUACGAUAGAGGUUUGCAUUGCAACAGCGAUUCGAAUGCAUCGUCGCGAUCUCGCCUGUCUAGACACAUUCUUGAAUCAGCGCUGCCGAUCAGUUGGCGGAGAUUAGAGGCACCCGUUGAGUAAAACUUUGAUGUGGGAAUCUCGUGAUAAUGAUGAAGAAACAUGUAACAAUUGCAUGCUGAGGCUCUAGUGAAUUUUAUUUUUUCAUCGAUUCGAGAUUGUCAAACUGCAGCGCUUUCAUUAUGAAGUUUGUGCUAAUGGUGUGAGUAACUAGACCACAGCGUUCGGGGUCUGUAGCGUGAAGAUAAUUAGACUGUGACAAAGAGUCUUCUACGGGAAUGGAUCUGCCGAUUACAAUGGAAGUAGUUCGCACUCGCUGAGAAGCAGUGAGAAAGACCGGAAGACUGUAGUAACAGAAGUAUCGACCUGUGGUAGAUAAAUCCGGGAAACACAAUGUCUCAAUUAAAUAUCAGCUCUGGCAAGCGGGGCAGGGGGGUUGCGAGUACUUCCGCAUCAACCGUGUCCGCGCUAAGCAGCUCUACCGAUCUGGCGAGUCUCUUUGAGUGUCCAGUUUGUUUUGAUUAUGUGCUUCCACCGAUCUUGCAAUGCCAGAGUGGGCACCUCGUUUGCACGAAUUGCCGACCGAAGCUCUCCUGUUGCCCUACGUGCCGAGGUCCACUGGGUAAUAUCCGCAACUUGGCCAUGGAGAAGGUGGCGAGUAACGUAAUGUUCCCCUGUAAGUAUUCCACCAGCGGCUGUACAGUUUCGUUGGUACACACCGAGAAGGCAGAUCACGAAGAUGCGUGCGAGUUCCGUCCAUACAGCUGCCCCUGCCCGGGAGCGUCCUGCAAGUGGCAGGGAUCGCUGGAGCAGGUGAUGCCGCAUCUCAUCAUGAGUCACAAAAGUAUCACGACCCUACAAGGAGAAGACAUUGUUUUCUUAGCGACUGACAUUAAUCUUCCGGGAGCUGUGGAUUGGGUGAUGAUGCAAUCCUGUUUCGGCCAUCACUUUAUGCUGGUGCUGGAGAAGCAGGAGAAAUACGACGGGCAUCAGCAGUUCUUCGCGAUCGUACAGCUGAUCGGUUCGAGGAAACAAGCAGAGAAUUUCGCUUACAGAUUGGAGUUGAACGGGCACAGGAGGCGUCUUACGUGGGAGGCGAUGCCGCGUUCCAUCCACGAGGGUGUGUCGUCAGCGAUUUUAAAUUCUGACUGUCUUGUAUUUGACACCUCCAUUGCGCAGUUGUUCGCCGACAAUGGAAACCUAGGAAUUAAUGUUACAAUUUCCAUGGCAUGAGGAAAGCCAGAAAAAGCUGUGUAAAAAAGAGGAAGAGAAGGAACUGAUAACUAAUUAUGCGGACAUACCGAGCAGCCUCCCGGGAAUCGUGGAGUACAGUUAAGUACUCGGAGUGGGACUGCCCGCUAUGCGCGAGUGACAAUUCUUUUUAUGUUACCAGAUGAAUAUUAGCAAUACAGAGAUGUUAGGAAAUGUUGUUUCGAGUAUACUGACGAUGCGCAGCAUUCGAAUGUUCAGUACAGGACCGCCGUCGAGAAGCUUUAGAGUGCACUCGUAUAUAAUAUUGACACACUCGUGAUGAAAACGGAAAACAUCUUUUCAAUAUGUAUAUACCGAUACCGUUGACUUUAAAGCUUUGACACCGAGUACGAUAUUGAAUUCCAAGAGAAGAGAAAAAGAAGUACCUGAUAUCCGCGUUAUUGUCACGUUACUCUUGCUCAUUUCGCAUGAAAAUUUCAUUCGCCAAUCUGUCGAGCGAUUAUCGAUGCAUCGAGUUCUAUCAACUUCCUCGUGCAGGUUUUAAUACUCCUCAGGACUUGGUUACGAUGACUGUAUAUCUUUUUUUCCCGGUGUAGGAUUUCGGUUUAUUACGAAUCUCGUGCGUACGAUUAUUUCGCGUUUCACUCGGAGGAGCGCCAAUGUAUAUUUUUUAUAUAUUAUUAUUUAUUUUCGAUUAUAAAAUUUACGCUUCGUUUUUCGAGUUUACAAAGUAAUCAAUGUUCGGUCCUCUUCAUUUUAUCAAAGGUAUCCGUGUGUGCAAGUUUUCUGUGUAACGUCGUGAAUUUCGGUUUUCGACAACUUAACAACCAACAGGCGCAGUAUAUUGUUUCAUCUUUUUUUUUUCGGCCUUGUAAUUACAGACGCGAUAUGCUUUUCGCGAUUCUUGCACACGAGAGUAUCCAUGAGGGGCAGGUCAAUUUUUCAAGAUCUAGUCUGAGUGAAAGCAAGAUGCUGAUAUUUUUACAAACGAUUAUAUUAACAAUGGUGAGGAGCAAUGUUCGAUUGCAACAAAGUUCUCGUGAACAUAUGAUGAAAAGAAAGUUGAUGCAUGACUGAAGCAGUUGUAUUGAACUACAAUAGAGCUUUCUUACUCAAGGCCUGAGUUUUAAAGCGCACUGCAACAUUUUUGUAAACGUAUUAACAUAUUUCGUUAAUUUAAAAUAAAAUGUAUUUUAUUGAUAUACGAAUGAGAGAAAAAGACGUUGCUUCGUACUGUAUUCAAGACCUAUUGAAUUAAUAUUCUUAAUGAAUGUUUUCUUCUACGUAAGUUACGUCUUGUAUUAAGCACUAUUAUGAAUAGCAAUCGUUUCCGGAGUUACGUCACAAUUUUAAUAGAAAUUCCUUUCAUUGAUCCUUGUGGUUAAUGCUUUUCUGAGAUACGUCGGAUUCUUCCUGUAUAUUGUUACUUUGCGUAACAUUCGUUGGUUUUCGGAAAGCGAUGAGAUAUCUAUACUUAAAAGCAGAGCAUUGAACUGAAUUAAAUAACGAGGGUCGGCAAGACGAAGUUAUAAGAGAAUGGGGAACGAUUACUUUCUUCGGAGGAGCAAUUUAGACUGAAAUGUAAUUAUAUGAGACGAGUAGGCUAUAAUGAUUGAUUAUAUAUUUUUCAUAGAACUGGUGACUACGCGAGCUUUACUUUUGCUAAGUGUCUCGUACUAUUGUUGAAAUAAUUUUCUCACAUAUUACAUACACGUGUACACACACACACACACACACACACACACACACACACACACACAUGACGCUGCUAUGAUAUUCCUGCAUCUGUGCUAUUAAUAAAUUGAAAUUACUUGAUCGGUUUAAUGCUCUGUGACGCAAUUACGAAAAAGAAACAAGUUCAGAAAUAUAUUGACGAAAGAAGCACUGUUAUUGUAAAUAAAACGCAGAGAAACUUAUUAUGUGAUAUAAUUAUUAUAAAUAAUUGUACAUCACAAAUUACAUGCCGAUACGAUAUUCAUCAUCAUGAAUGAUGUUGGAAAGAAGAAAAAAAAACACGAGGGAACCAAGUGCACGGUGCGCGUACACCGUAUGUAUGAUUAAAAGUGUACUGUCACCCUUGUACGACUAUAUUUACACGUGUCUAUUGGGCGGAUAUUUAAUUUUAGUAGAUGUAAGUGAGAGACGAGUGUUUGUGAGUAUUUCGGCGGUUACCGAAAAAACAAAACGGGAAAGCAAAGUUGAGAUCGUGACUCUAAUUUUGAUGUUGGUUGUUAUCCUAUACCGAGACUGUAGAAAUAUCUUCCUGACUUUUUAGCGUAGUAAAUAUAAUUCGACACUCGGUUGAAAAACUGCGAGGAUCACGUACGCUCGCCCGCUCGUUCGAUCGCACCAAAAUCCUUGUAAUAAGAACAGCACAAAGGGUAGAGAGAAAAAGAGUAGAAGGACGUUGCAUAGGGUCAUGGGUUGCGAUGGGAAAGAAUUACAAAUACGCGUUGAACGUGAUCUUCUCUGUAAAGUAAAUCGGACACUAGGCAGUGAUCUAAUAAUUUAUAUUCAAAAAGGAACACCGCAACGUCAAGUAUCGUGUGUAUAUAUAAUAAAAAAUUAAUGGUACGAUAAUCUUUAUUCUUUAACUAAGUAGUAAUUUAUUCUCUAGCAUUUGCAAAGGUUCCGUUGCUGUUUUAUUAAAUAUGAUUAUAAAGGAUACGUCUUUCCUUCAUUUCUUCUUAAAUGUAUUCAUCGUUUUAGUUUUGUAUCGCAGAGGAUCAUGAUUAUAUUUUUAAACAUGUAAUACUUUUAAAAGGAUACAUUUUUUUAUACUAAUUUUUUUAUUGUAAUUUCAAUAAAGAGCAACGCAAUAGGCUUUGCGAGUGAAUGAAAUAUAUAGAAUAUUCAAAAGGUUUUGAAAUUUUACUGAACUUUUUACUAUCAUUUCGUUUCUCUUUGGAUUAUUUCUGAAUCUUUUCCUCGUUCAACAUGCUAGAUUCAUAAUAGAAUUUUUUCUUCGGCCAAAUUCGAGUUCUUAAAACGAUUAUUUUAAGAACUAUUACUUAAAAUGCGAAGAAAUACUUGAAAUUUAUUAUAACAAUAUUUUCAAACUGAGAAUCAUCAUGCAUGGAGAAUCUGUCAGGAUCUUCUGUUUAAGCAUUUUGCCUGUACACUUCAGAAUCAUUUAUUGAUAUUAAUACUUUAUUAGAUCUGGACUGCGAACUGGAAGAUGGAAUUACACUAAACAUACUUGGCGAAAUCGUGACAUAUCCUGGAUAAAUUGCAAAUCGAGUGAAUAGCAGAUUUUCCUUGUUUAACAAUUUAUAUGAUACAGUUGCGAAAUCGUGUAGAUGUGUAAUCUUUAUACUCUACACGAUAUCACGAGAAAAGCCAGAGGUGCUCAUACAUUCGCAAAAUAGUAUAAUAUUGUCGCGAGAAUAGCUUUAUUUAAAUAUAAUGUAUAUACUUAUAUAUAUAUAUGCAUAUUUAUAGAAUCUAAAAAAUGUUCAAGCCAUGUAAAAGCAUAAAUAAAUUUUUUUUAUAAAUAUUUUA